CUCGCCAGGAUCUCCUUGGUGAAGAAGCUGAUGAAGAAAUGGUCUGUGACUCAGAACCUGACAUUCCGAGAACAGCUAGAAGCUGGGAUCCGCUACUUUGACCUGCGUGUGUCUUCCAAACCAGGGGAUGCUGACCAGGAGAUCUACUUCAUCCACGGGCUUUUUGGCAUCAAGGUCCGGGAUGGGCUGAUGGAGAUCGACUCGUUUCUUACACAGCACCCACAAGAGAUUGUCUUCCUGGAUUUCAACCAUUUCUAUGCCAUGGAUGAGACCCAUCACAAAUGCCUGAUUCUCCGGAUUCAGGAGGCCUUUGGAAACAAGCUGUGCCCGGCAUGCACUGUGGAAAGCAUGACACUGCGAACCCUGUGGGAAAAGAAGUGCCAG